GCAUCCGAGCCGUGGGAGGAAGAAAGAGUUUAUAGCACAUGUCUCCUUGACUGGUACGCAAAAUUUUCAGUAUUCAAUUCAUUUUUUCUCACCAUCUUUAAGCUAUUGACUCUUGAUUUCCAUAUACAAUUACAUACACUGUUGUGUGUGUGUAUAUAUAUAUAGAUAUAUAUGCUUGUAGAUAUUGCUCCCCAACUUGAAACCGAAAGAAAAAAAUCACACCAUUUCAAGAAAUCAAUCGAUAGAAAAAUUGAGAAUUGGUAGUUAAUUUAUUCGUAUCACUCGUGAACCAGAAAAACUUAUUUUAAUGUUUCUUCCCUUAGAUGGAUGUCCACUGCCAGCUUUUGUCAAGGAUUUGAAUAGAAUUAAUUGGACACACACACAUAUAUAUAUGUAUAUAUAUAUAAUAUUUAUGCAAAGAUAUACUUAAAUCAAGUUGGAAUAAUGGUGUCAAUACCUUCAAAAAAUAUAUGGAUGCGGAGGCAGCAAUGCCCAUGUGGGGAUUGGAAAUGUUUCAUUACAUAUGAUGGAGACUCCGAGGAGACCAACAUGGCAUCACAAUUGGUUAAGAACGAUUCAGCAUCGGCUGAGGCUAUGGUUGCCCCUUAUGUUGGAAUGUUGUUUAAGAGUGAUGAUGAUGCAUUUGAGUAUUAUGGGAAUUUUGCGAGAAAGAAUGGGUUUUCUAUUAGGAAAGAGAGGUCUAGAUUGAGCCCACAGUUGGGUAUAUAUAAACGGGACUUUGUUUGCUAUCGUGCUGGCUUUGCUCCAGCCAAAAAGAAGCAGACUGGGGAGCACCAUAGAGAUAGGAAAUCAGUUCGGUGUGGAUGUGAUGCGAAAAUGUACUUGUCCAAGGAGGUUGUUGAUGGGGUUUCUCAGUGGUUUGUUGUGCAAUUCAGUAAUGUGCAUAACCAUGAAUUGUUAGAAGAUGAUCAGGUGCGUCUCCUCCCUGCUUAUCGGAAAAUCCAUGAGGCCGAUCAAGAGCGAAUUCUUUUGCUUUCCAAAGCUGGGUUCCCGGUACAUCGUAUUGUUAAGAUGUUGGAAUUGGAAAAGGGCAUCCAGGGAGGACAAUUGCCCUUUUUGGAGAGGGAUGUUAGAAAUUUUGUUCAGAAUCGAAAGAAAGUUGUUCAAGAAAAUGAUGCCUUGCUGACCGAGAAAAGAGAAAAUGAUACGAUGGAUCUUCUUGAAGCCUGCAGGGCUGCAAAGGAGGGGGAUCCAUACUUUGUUUAUGAUGUUACGGUUGAUGAGAAUGAAAAGGUUGAGAACAUUGCUUGGUCAUACGGAGACUCUGUUCAUGCAUACGCCAUGUUUGGUGAUGUAGUUUAUUUUGACACAACAUACCGUUCGGUCACAUAUGGUCUGCUUUUCGGAGCAUGGCUUGGCAUUGACAACCAUGGAAAAGUUAUCUUCUUUUGUUGUGCUCUGUUACAAGACGACACUCCCCGUUCCUUUUCUUGGGCUUUACAGACUUUUGUCCAUUUUAUGAAAGGAAGAUGUCCACAAACAAUUCUAACUGAUCUUGACCAUGGGCUUAGAGAUGCCAUAAGAAGUGAAUUACCAAAUACCAAACAUGUUACCUCUAUAUGGAAUAUUCUGCCCAAGGUAUCCUGUUGGUUUUGUUUUCCACUUGGACCAAGAUAUACGGAAUUUAAAUCUGAGUUUGAUGCACUGUGUCAUUUAGAGAGUACAGAGGAUUUUGAAUAUCAAUGGAAUCAGAUGGUUUCUCGAUUUGGACUUAGUUCAGAUAAGCACAUUGCUUUACUCUUUUCUGUCCGGGCAUCUUGGGCAUUAUCCUAUACAAGAGGUUGCUUUCUUGCUAGAAUGGCAUCAACUGCAUAUUCAAAGUCCACAGUUGCAUUCUUGAAAGGAAUCUUCAGUGCACAAACAUGUUUGCGUAGUUUCUUUGAGCAGAUUUAUUUGGAACUUGUUCAGGUGGGGAUUUCUUCAAAUUCUAAAAUUCAGGAACGUGAAGAGAUGCAGUAUAUGCAUGUAAGAACAUGCUUACCCAUAGAAGAGCAUGCACGAAAUAUUCUUACCCCUUUUGCCUUCAAUGCGUUACAGCAGGAAUUGGUGGUAACUAUGCAAUAUGCUAACUCUGAAAUGGCUAAUGGGUCAUAUAUCGUACGCCACUUCAAGAAGAUGGACGAAGAACGUCUAGUUAUAUGGAUACCAGAAGAUGAACAAAUUCACUGUUCUUGCAAGGAAUUUGAAUCUUCAGGAAUCUUAUGUAGACAUGCUCUUCGAGUACUUCUGGUAAAGAACUACUUUCAACUUCCUGAGAAAUAUUAUCUGAGUCGAUGGCAACAAGGGAUCCCACUAGUUCCUGACGAUGCUCACAGUAAUCAGAACAACGAUGAUGAAUGGUCUCAAGAAUUCCGUUCCCUUACUGCAAUCCUGUUUUCAGAGUCAUCUAUCACAAAAGAGCGUUCUGAUUAUGUUCAUAGAGAACUUGGAAAAGAACUUACAAGGCUCAUUAAUGAUGUGAGAAAUAUGCCAACCAGUGAUUUAGUUGCCAUGGAUUUGACAGGUUCACCAACUAGUUGAUAUAUAGAGCAAUGGAUGUUCCAUAUGGUAACAAAUACAACUAGCCAAGAUUUCUUGUUCAGUGGGAGGGAUGACCAAAAUACAAUGCAAUCUAUAAAGUGAUGGAAGAAUGGGAUGUUUGAGCAUUCUCCAAGUAGAAAGUUCAGCAGAAUACAUGUUAGUUUCAGAUAUUGGGCUAUCAGAAGUAAAUAUUAAGAAAUUGAUUUCUGAUCAGUCGCCAAAUUGCCAAUAAAUCUUUGUGGUUUCUUGGAUGAAUGGUUACUGAAAGCUGUAAAGAAUAUGGUCGAGGAAAAGGUUAACUUAUCUAAGAUGGUUUAUUAUGUGUUAUGUGGCAAACUGAAAAGUGUCCUAUUUUAUUCUUCCUUUGUCUAUUUUAUUUUUACCAUUAACUGUAUAGAGCCUCUUCCAAUACCGGUUUGAUUUUAGAAGGUAUAAGGAUGAGCAACAUGGGUUCUGAAAUUUGUUGUCUUUCACACUUCAUCGAUGCCUUCUGCAUUAAUCAAUUUCAGCUCAUGGUGUUGAUGUUCA